UGCCACUCUCUAAGCUCCACUCCAACUCCUGACUCUGCUUGGCCAACCUCCUUACCUGUCCCUGGGUUUGACUUGCACUUUCUACUCAGGUCUCUCUCCUCUGAGGUAGGAAAAGACCAUGGGCAUUAUGGAGGGAUAACACAUACCUAAUGAAGUAUGAAGCAGCAGAUUUGAAGCCUGAGCAACAGAAGUCAGCAUCCCCAACCCAACUAGGCUUAACUAGCCUCACGGAAUCUAAUCUGAGACUCUUGGAUUUCUGGGCUUGCUACAGUGCUGACCCUAGAAUCCUCUUCAACUCCAGCCACAAUGCUAUGUCAGGCAUUUCACAGAUUUGGUCAAAAGCUGAUACGCAGACGUAUCCUGCAGCAAGACAUGGCUGAAGCUGCCCCUACCAGAAGCCUGAACACUCUGGAUUUAGUGGCCCUGGGUUUGGGUCACACAGUGGGUGUAGGUGUGUAUGUCCUGGCUUGUGAGGUGGCCAGCAAUCAAGCAGGACCAUCCACUAUGAUCUGCUUUUUGAUGGCCGGUCUAUCUUCUGUGUUGGCCGGGCUGUGUUUUGCAGAGUUUGGUGCCCGGGUUCCCUAUUCUGGUUCUGCAUAUCUCUACAGUUAUGUCACUGUAGGUGAACUCUGGGCUUUCAUCACUGGCUGGAACCUCAUUCUGUUUUUUGUUGCUGGUACAGCCAUCGUGUCCUGUGCCUGGACCUUAGUUUUUGACAACCUCCCUGGGAAUGAGAUCUCUCAGACCCUGCAUGAGAGCAUCUCACCCCAUGUUCCCCAUGUUUUUGUAGAAUAUCUGGACUUUUUUGUUGUGGGCCUUGUGUUGUUAUUCAUUGGAUUGCUGACUUUGAGGAAUAGUGAGAUUUUCCUUGUUACCAAAGUGUUCACACUGCUGAAAAUUUUGGUUCUUGUUUUUUUCAUCACCUCUGGCUUCAUUAAGGGGGACCUGCACAACUGGAAGCUCACAGAAGCAGACUAUGUAAAGGCUGGAUUCAAUGACACCUCAAGCUUGGGGACUCUGGGGUCUGGAAGAUUUGUGCCUUUCGGCUUUGAGGGGAUUCUCCGUGGAGCAGCUACCUGUUUCUAUGCAUUUAUUGGUUUUGACAAUAUUGUUACCAGAGUUGAAGAAGUCCAGAAUCACCAGCGUUCCAUUCCCAUGGGGAUUGUGAUUUCACUACUCAUUAGCUCUUUGAUGUAUUUUGGAGUCUCUGCGGCACUUACGCUUAUGGUGCCUUACUACAAGAUUCAACCUGGGAGCACCUUGCCUGAGGCAUUUCUUCUUAUUGGCUGGGCCCCUGCCUACUAUGUUAUAGCUUUUGGAUUCCUCUGUAGUCUUUCUGCCAGCCUCUUGGGCUUUAUGUUCCCCAUACGUCAGGUAAUACAUGUGAUGGUGAAGGAUGGCCUCCUGUUCCCUGUCCUUGCCAGGAUCCAUACUGGCACAUACACCCGCAUUGUGGCCACUGUGAUCUUUGGCAUUAUUGCAGCAAUCAUGACAUUCUUUUUUGGACUCACUGAUCUUGUGGACCUCAGGUCAAUUGUGACCCUGCUGACUUACUCCCUGGUGGCAGUUAGUGUUCUCAUCCUCCGAUAUCAGCCUGAGAUGCAGAAUGAGGGAAAUAAAGCAGAGGUGCAGGAGGACAAUAGACCUUCAGCAGAACAGCUGACUCUACAGGGACUAUUUUUUCCAUGCAGCUCCACACCUACUCCACUCUCUGGCCGGAUUGUCCGUGUUUGCUCCUCACUGCUUGCUCUGCUGCUCACUCUUCUUUGCCUGGUGCUGACCCGGUGGCCAGUUCUGCUUUCUGGAGACCCACUGUGGAUUUCAGUGGUUGUGGUGCUCCUGGUGCUCAUCACUGGGCUCACUGGGGUCAUCUGGAGACAGCCUCAGAGCUCCAGUCCCCUUUACUUUAAGGUCCCUGCUCUGCCUCUCCUCCCACUACUGAGCAUCUUCAUGAAUAUUUACCUUAUGAUGCAGAUGACAGCUGCCACCUGGGCCCGAUUUGCUGUCUGGAUGCUGAUUGGGUUUGCUAUCUACUUCAGCUAUGGAAUCCAACACAGCCGGGUCGCUUAACUUUACUUAAGUUAGGGCCAAAACUGUAGACCUUGAACUCAGCAGUGUGUGUACACAGUUGGCUUGACAUCAUCACACCUGAAUGCAGUCUGGUCCCCUGCACAACAAUGGAGAGUAGUCUUGAAUACAUGGAAAGCUAGGCCUCCCAUAGCAUAUUGGUGGGGGAAAGUUAAUAGAGCUUUGCAUUUGUUGUGGAGUGAAGGAUUUUGUUUUUGUUUUUGUUUUUUUGCUUUUUUAACUUGUCUACUUUUUUAAUCUAUUUUUCAGUUGUGUCUAUAGCUGCUUGCUGCACUUAAAACAAUUUUAAUUGGGACCCUUGGGUGGCUCAGUCAGUUAAGCUUCUGACUUUUGAUUUUGGCUCAGAUCAUGAUCUCACAAUUUGUGGGAUUGAGCCCUAUGUCAGUCUCUGUGAUGACAGUGAGGGGCCUGCUUAGGAUUCUCUAUCUCCCCCUCUCUUUGCCCCUCACUCCCUUUUCUCUGGAAAGUAAACACACAUUAAAAAGCAAUUAUUACUAAAAGAAACUAGAGAAAGUGUUUUUGUUAUCUUAAGGUAAAUAUGUAGCAAGGAAAACACUGGAUCAUAUGGCAGUUCUAUUUUGAAUUAGUUGCAGAACAAGCAUACUGUUUUCCACAGUGGCUACACCUAUUUACAUUCCACCAACAGUGUAUGAAGUUUCCUUUUUCUCCACAUCCUUGCCAACACUUGUUAUUUCUUAUCUUUUUGAUUUUGCCUAUUCUUACAGGUAUAAAGUGAUAUCUCAUUAUGGUUUUAACAUCCAUUUUCCUGAUGUUUAGCAAUGGUGAGCAUCUUUUCAUGUGUCUACUGACCAUCUGUAUGUCUACCAAUAGACAUUGGGAAAAUAUUUAUUUAGGUCCUCUGCCCAUUUUUAAAUUGGAUUAUUUGUUUUCCUUGUGCACAGUUGUGUAAGUUCGUUAUGUAUUUUAGAUAUUAAUCCCUUUUGAGAUAUAUUUUUGUAAAUAUUUUCUAUCAUUCAUUAGGUUGCUGUUUUGUUUUGAUGAUGGUUUCCUUUGCUGUGCAAAAGCUUUAGUUAUAUGAAUUUGAAAAGAUAUUUGUACUUUUAUGUUUAUUGUAGUACAAUUACAAUAGGAUAGGGUAGCAACCCAAAUAUCCAUUGAUAGACUAAUGGAUAAAGAAAAUGUCACACACACACACACACACACACACACACAGGAAUAUUACUAAGUAACAAAAAAAUAAUGAAAAUAUCCCAUUUGUAGCAAAAAGAAUAGACAUAGAAGGUAUAAUGCUAAGUAAAAUAAGUUAGUCCCAGAAAGACAAAUACCAUAUGUUUUCAACAUAUGUGGGAUUUAAUACAUAAAACAACCAAACAAAGCAAAAAAAAAAAAAAAAAAAAGGCAAAACACCACACCCAAACUCCUAAAUACCAAUAACAAACACCAGAGCAGAGGUGGGUGGCAUGGGUGAAAUAGAUAAAAGGAAUUAAGUGUGUCCUUAUCUUGAUGCACACUGAGAAAGGUAUAGAAUUUUUGAAUCAUUAUAUUCUACACCUGAGAGUUCUAUAACAACACUAUAUGUUAAUUAAUAUUUCAAAUAAAAAAUAAAAGAAACUGGAAAAAGACAAAAGAAAAGAGAUGAAAUGUGACCCCUGCCCUUAAGCUGAUUAUAUUAUAAUAUGAGAGGCACAGCGUAGCUGUAACACAAAAUAGAGUAUGGUAUCAUAAGUAAUAUAAAAAUAAACUUUCCUGGGAAUUAAGAGGGGAGGAUGAUCACAUGGGGUUGGCACAGGGGUAAGAGUUGAUUGGUGAAAUCAGAGAACAAUUGGUAGAGGAAUAGCAUUUGAGUUGGCUCUCUCCAAGAAGAGAUAGGAUUUUGCAUAUAUGGGUAGAAGGGAGAGAUUGUAGGCAGAGAGAUGGACACAAGGAAAAGCACAAGAAAAGAAAACAGUGUUCAGAGCAAACUGAGCAGGCUGUGUAGCUUGACCCUUUGCUGUUAGAGGGGCAACAGAACAUGCAUAAGUGGAUUGGAGCCAGAGCAUUCCUCUGAGCAGAAAGGACUUUGGAUUUGAACUCACCACCCUGCUGAAAAUCCCUGGGGUUUGUUCUUCUACUUAGUGAUAGCUGAAUUAUUGGACUUGAAAAUUUAUCUACUGUUGUCUUCUUGGGUCCACCUGCUCAGAAAAUGCAUGGCUGAGAGCCAAGUGUCCUUGGUCUUGUUUCUACCACUAACUAGUAAUGUGACCUUGAUCAAACUUCUCAGUUCCCUCAGUGCUCUGCUUAUUUAUCUGAACAUGAGAGUCAGAACUGAUCAUUUCUAAAGUUCCACUCAUUUAAAAAAUUCUAGGAUUUCCUCUGGGGCUGUGUCCUGUUGUUCUCCCAAAUAGGUCUCUAUUGCAUGCACUCUGAACCUUCACUUUGGCCACUUUUAAGUACAGCUCAUUGUUGGAGCUGUAGAGGUCCAAUAAAUAAUAUCCCCUUUUCUAUUCCUAUGUUUGGAACUAAUGGAUUAUCAAGACAUAGAGACAGAUGAUUAAACCAUCAGCUUUAGAUCUUAGCCUAAUUGGCUUACAAAUCCUGAAUCACUAGACAGACUUACUCCUCAUCACGAGUAGUGUUGAACACUGCCUGCCUCCCAUCACAGGAGGGAUUUUAUUAGAUUUUCGAAUCUGAUUUUAUUAGAUUUUCUCAUGUAUGAGCAGGUUGGAAUGCACGUGUCCUUUAGACAGGUUGGGGCUGAAUAAAAAGGAAAGCCAACAGAAGAUUGGAAAGGGCUGAGAUGGGCAUGUUCACUGCUGUCUCUUCAACUCACCAAAGUCAUAGUGAGAGAAGGGGGUUGGAGAAAGAGCAGAAAUACUUAGUGGUGUUCAAAUUUCAGCAGGUGCCACCUCACCUGGAGGGCUUGUGACAAGAGAUUGCUGGGCUCUGCCCCUGGUGUUUGUAUUUCAACAGGUCUGGGUGGGGCCCAGAACUUGUACUUCUAACAAGUUUCCAGGUGAUGCUGAUACUGCUGGUCCAAAGACAUCACUUUGAAAACCAAAGUUCCAGCUGAAGCAUCUUCACAUGUAAAGUUGAAACAAGGGAAACAGAGGUGCACUUUGAAACCUUACCUUUAUUUAAUGAAACAUUUACAUUAAAAUAUCGUUGUUAAUCCUUUCAUAGUGGGGGAAUCUUGGUAAAUCAUUUCACAGUGUAUAUGUAUAUCAAAUCAUCACAAUUUACACUUUAAAUAUCUUAUAAUUUUAUAUGUCAAUUAUACCUUAAUAAAGUGGAAAUAAAAAAUACAAUACCACAGAAAAAAUA